AUGAGCAGUGAUGCCGAGAUGGCCCAGUACGGGCCGGCAGCCAUCUUUCUCCGCAAACCUGAGAAGGAAAGAGUUGAGGCUCAGAACCGGCCUUUCGAUGCCAGAACAGCCUGCUUUGUGCCCAAUGCCAAGGAGCUGUACAUCAAAGGUAUCAUACAGAACAAGGAAGGUGGCCAAGUCACCGUGAAGACUGAAGCUGAUGAGACGGUAACAGUCAAGGAGGAUGACUGCCAUCCUAUGAAUCCCCCAAAGUAUGACAAGAUUGAGGACAUGGCCAUGAUGACCCACCUCAAUGAGCCCUCUGUGCUGUUCAACCUCAAAGAUCGUUACGCAGCAUGGAUGAUUUAUACUUACUCUGGGCUCUUCUGUGUCACUGUAAACCCAUACAAGUGGCUGCCGGUGUACGACCCAAAGGUUGUGUCGGCCUACAGAGGCAAAAAGCGCAUGGAGGCCCCACCACAUAUUUUCUCUGUCUCUGAUAAUGCAUAUCAAAAUAUGCUUACAGAUCGGGAGAACCAGUCUGUCCUGAUUACUGGAGAAUCUGGUGCAGGAAAGACUGUCAACACCAAGCGUGUCAUCCAGUACUUUGCGACAAUCGCAGUGGCUGGUGGAAGUGACAAGAAAGACCACUCACCUGGAAAGAUUCAGGGGACACUGGAAGAUCAAAUCAUUUCAGCGAAUCCUUUGCUGGAGGCUUUUGGGAACGCCAAGACUGUGAGGAAUGACAACUCCUCAAGAUUUGGUAAAUUCAUCAGAAUUCACUUUGGAACAUCAGGGAAACUGGCUUCUGCUGAUAUUGAAACCUACUUGCUGGAAAAGUCAAGAGUGACGUUCCAGUUGUCUGAAGAGAGGAGCUACCACAUCUUCUAUCAGAUUCAGACUGGGCACAAACCAGAGCUUAUAGAAAUGCUUCUCAUAACAACAAACCCAUACGACUUCCCCAUGAUAAGUCAGGGGCAGAUCACUGUGGCCAGCAUUGACGACAGAGAGGAGCUGGUGGCCACAGAUACAGCCACUGAUGUCUUGGGCUUCACCAAUGAAGAGAAAGUCUCCAUCUACAAGCUGACUGGCGCUGUGAUGCAUUACGGGAACAUGAAGUUCAAGCAGAAGCAGCGGGAGGAGCAGGCGGAGCCCGAUGGCACUGAGGUUGCAGACAAAGUCGCUUUCCUCAUGGGCCUGAACUCUGCUGACUUGUUGAAAGGCCUUUGCUACCCAAGAGUGAAAGUGGGGAAUGAAUAUGUCACCAAAGGUCAAACGGUCCCCCAGGUCACCAAUUCAGUUGGAGCUCUGGCCAAGUCUGUCUAUGAGAAGAUGUUCUUAUGGAUGGUCAUACGAAUCAAUGAGAUGCUGGACACAAAGCAGCCCAGACAGUUCUUCAUCGGAGUGUUGGACAUCGCUGGAUUUGAAAUAUUUGAUUUCAACAGCAUGGAGCAACUCUGCAUUAAUUUCACUAAUGAGAAGCUGCAACAGUUUUUCAACCACCACAUGUUUGUACUGGAGCAAGAAGAAUACAAAAAGGAAGGAAUAGACUGGGAGUUCAUUGACUUUGGUAUGGACCUGGCAGCCUGCAUUGAGCUCAUUGAAAAGCCAAUGGGCAUCUUCUCCAUCCUUGAAGAGGAGUGUAUGUUCCCCAAGGCUUCAGACACCUCUUUUAAGAAUAAACUCUACGACCAGCAUCUUGGAAAGACAAAUGCUUUCCAAAAGCCAAAGGUUGUGAAAGGCAAGCCAGAGGCUCACUUCACCCUGGUGCACUACGCUGGCACUGUGGACUACAACAUCAGCGGCUGGCUGGAGAAGAACAAAGACCCGCUGAACGAGUCUGUGGUGCAGCUUUACCAGAAAUCAUCAAUGAAACUACUGGGCUACUUGUAUGCCUCGUUUUCUGGUGCUGAAGCAGAAUCAGGUGGUGACGCUGCAGGUGGAAAAGCAAAGAAAGGUGGAAAGAAGAAGGGUGGCUCCUUCCAGACAGUGUCUGCUGUUUUCAGGGAAAAUCUGGGAAAACUAAUGACAAACUUGAGGAGCACCCAUCCUCAUUUUGUGCGCUGCCUGAUUCCAAAUGAGAUUAAAACACCAGGUAUCAUGGACAAUCACUUGGUCAUCCACCAGCUACGCUGUAACGGUGUGCUGGAGGGUAUCAGGAUUUGCAGGAAGGGAUUUCCCAGCAGAAUUCUUUAUGCUGACUUCAAGCAGAGGUACAGAAUCCUGAAUGCCAGUGCCAUCCCUGAGGGACAGUUCAUUGACGGAAAGAAGGCUUCCGAGAAGCUUCUUGGUUCAAUUGAUGUUGACCACACACAGUACCGAUUUGGGGCUACAAAGGUCUUCUUCAAAGCUGGUUUACUUGGCACUCUGGAGGAGUUGCGAGAUGAAAAACUAGCUUCUCUGGUGACGCAGACUCAAGCACUGUGUCGUGGUUAUCUGAUGAGAAGGGAAUUCUCCAAUCUAAUUGCACAAAGAGAUUGCGUCUGGAUUCUGCAAUAUAACUUGCGUUCAUUCAUGAAUGUGAAACACUGGCCAUGGAUGAAGCUGUUCUUUAAAAUAAAGCCACUUCUAAAGAGCGCAGAGACUGAAAAGGAGAUGGCAACCAUGAAAGAGGACUUUGUCAAAUGUAAGGAGGAUCUGGCAAAGUCAGAGACCAAGAGAAAGGAGCUUGAAGAGAAAAUGGUUUCUCUGCUGCAGGAGAAAAAUAACCUCCUCCUGCAAGUACAAUCUGACUCAGAAAAUCUUUGUGAUGCAGAGGAGAGAUGUGAAGGACUGAUCAAGAGCAAAAUCCAGCUCGAGGCCAAACUCAAAGAGGUGACCGAGAGACUGGAGGACGAAGAGGAAAUGAAUGCUGAGUUGACCGCCAAGAAGAGGAAGCUGGAAGACGAAUGCUCUGAGCUUAAAAAAGACAUUGAUGACCUAGAGAUUACCCUGGCUAAAGUGGAGAAGGAGAAACAUGCCACAGAAAACAAGGUCAAAAAUUUAAUGGAAGAGCUGGCUGGUCAGGAUGAAAACAUUGGCAAACUGACCAAGGAGAAGAAAGCUCUUCAAGAAGCUCACCAGCAGGGGCUGGAUGAUCUUCAAGCAGAGGAAGAUAAAGUCAACUCUCUGACCAAAGCCAAGUCCAAGCUUGAGCAGCAAGUUGAUGAUCUCGAGGGUUCAUUGGAGCAAGAGAAGAAGAUCCGCAUGGACCUUGAAAGAGCCAAGAGGAAGCUGGAGGGAGAUCUGAAGCUCACACAGGAAUCCCUGAUGGAUCUGGAAAAUGACAAGCAGCAAUCUGAGGAGAAAAUUAAGAAAAAAGAAUUUGAAAACAACCAGCUGCUCAGCAAGAUUGCAGAUGAGCAAGCAAUUAAUAACCAGCUCCAAAAGAAGAUGAAGGAACUCCAAGCCCGUAUUGAAGAAAUGGAGGAAGAGGUCGAGGCCGAACGAGCGGUUCGGGCCAAGAUUGAGAAGCAGAGGUCUGACCUCACCAGGGAGAUCGAGGAGAUCAGCGAGAGGCUGGAGGAGGCCGGAGGAGCCACUGCUGCGCAGAUAGAGAUGAAUAAGAAGCGCGAAGCUGAGUUCCUCAAACUGCGACGUGACCUGGAGGAGUCCACGCUGCACCACGAGGCCACGACCGCCGCCCUGCGCAAGAAGCAAGCGGACAGCAUGGCCGAGCUAGGAGAGCAGAUCGACAACCUCCAGAGAAUCAAACAGAAACUGGAGAAGGAGAAGAGUGAAAUGAAAAUGGAGAUUGAUGAUUUGGCCAGUAAUAUGGAAGCAGUUGCAAAAGCCAAGGUCAACCUGGAGAAGAUGUGUCGCUCACUUGAAGAUCAGCUAAUGGAGCUAAAGACCAAGAAUGAUGAAAACAUGCGACAUAUUUCUGAUCUCACCAAUCAGAGGGCCCGUUUUCAAACUGAGAAUGCUGAGUUUUCACGACAAAUGGAAGAGAGAGAGAGUCUCAUUUCCCAACUGACGCGAGGAAAACAGGGAUUCACGACACAGAUUGACGAGCUAAAGAGGCUGAUUGAGGAAGAAACAAAGGCUAAGAAUGCCCUGGCUCACAGUUUGCAGUCGGCUCGUCAUGACUGCGAUCUCCUUCGUGAGCAGUACGAGGAGGAGCAGGAGGCCAAAGCUGAGCUGCAGCGGAGUUUGUCAAAGGCGAACACUGAGGUGGCUCUGUGGAGGAACAAAUAUGAGACUGACGCCAUCCAACGCACUGAGGAGCUCGAGGAGGCAAAGAAAAAGCUUGCCCAGCGCCUCCAAGACGCUGAAGAACAAAUCGAAGCAGUGAAUUCAAAGUGCGCCUCACUGGAGAAAACUAAACAGCGACUUCAGAACGAAAUGGAGGAUCUCAUGGUGGAUGUGGAAAGGUCCAACAACUUAGCUGCUACCCUUGACAAGAAGCAGAGAAACUUUGACAAGAUUCUAGCCGAGUGGAAGCAGAAGUAUGAGGAGGCUCAGGCAGAGCUUGAAGGCGCUCAGAAAGAAUCUCGAUCCCUGAGCACUGAACUCUUCAAACUGAAGAACUCGUAUGAAGAAGCUCUUGAUCAUCUGGAGACAAUGAAAAGGGAAAAUAAAAACCUGCAACAGGAGAUCUCAGACCUGACAGAGCAAAUUGGAGAGACUGGGAAGACGAUUCAUGAGCUGGAGAAAUUCAAGAAGCAGGUGGAGACAGAGAAAUGUGACAUGCAGACUGCGCUGGAAGAAGCUGAGGCCUCACUGGAACAAGAUGAGUCCAAGAUCCUGCGUGUACAAAUGGAUCUAAACCAGAUGAAGGCAGAAGUUGACAGAAAAGUAGCGGAGAAAGACGAGGAGAUCGACCAGAUGAAGAGGAACCACCAGAGAGUGAUGGAGUCCAUGCAGACAAUGCUGGACGCUGAGGUCCGGAGCAGGAACGACGCCCUGAGAGUGAAGAAGAAGAUGGAGGGAGACCUGAACGAGAUGGAGAUCCAGCUGAGCCAUGCUAACAGGCAGUCGGCCGAGGCCCAGAAACAACUGAGGAACGUUCAGGGGCAACUCAAGGAUGCCCAAAUCCACUUGGAUGACUCAGUCAGAGGGCAGGAUGACAUGAAGGAGCAGGUAGCCAUGAUGGAGCGCAGAACGGCCUUGAUGCAGGCUGAGAUUGAAGAGCUUCGAGUGGUCGUGGAGCAGACGGAGAGGAGCCGCAAAAUGGCUGAACAGGAACUGGUUGAUGCCAGUGAACGAGCUGGACUACUUCAUUCUCAGAACACCAGUCUUCUGAACACCAAAAAGAAACUUGAGGUGGAUGUAACUCAGCUCCACAGUGAGACAGAGGAAGCCGUUCAAGAGGCCAGGAAUGCUGAGGAAAAGGCCAAGAAAGCCAUUACUGAUGCUGCCAUGAUGGCUGAAGAGCUGAGGAAGGAGCAGGACACCAGCGCUCACCUGGAGAGGAUGAAGAAGAACCUGGAGGUCACAGUGAAGGACCUGCAGCACCGAUUAGACGAGGCGGAAAACUUAGCCAUGAAGGGAGGGAAGAAACAGCUGCAGAAACUGGAGGCGAGAGUCCGUGAGCUGGAAAAUGAGCUAGAAGCUGAGCAAAAACGUUCCACUGAGGCCAUCAAAGGAGUCCGUAAAUAUGAGAGGAAGGUCAAGGAGCUAACCUAUCAGUCUGAGGAAGACAAGAAAAACAACAUUCGACUGCAGGAUCUUGUGGACAAGCUCCAGAUCAAAAUGAAGGUCUACAAACGCCACGCUGAGGAAGUUGAGGAGCAAUCCAACGCGCACAUGGCCAGAUUCAGGAAGGCCCAGCACGAGCUGGAGGAGGCCGAGGAGAGAGCUGAUGUGGCCGAAUCUCUGGCCAACAAGAUGCGGGCCAAGAGCCGUGAAAUUGGGACAAAGGUACUGAGCUUGUAUUUUUUUCCCCAACAUUAUCUUUAUUGAGUUUUUAAAGUGUUUCCAAGAUACAUAAUUAUACAGAAAUAAGAGUGCUCUUACAUCAAAGAAGACGUCAGGGGUAACUAAAUUAUUGUCCAGCAUUCAAAUUGUCCUUCCUUGCAAGUCAGGUAUUUAUGAGAUAACAUAGAGCAACACUUAGGUGAAAGUAUAAGUAUAUAAAAAAAACAAAACAAAAAAACAACAACAACAGCCAGAACAAUAAAGGUUUCUCUGUCUUAUCAAGAGUUAGCCCAGGUUAUUUCACCAUUAUGCAUGGAUCAAAAAUACAAAUUUAGAUGUACAAUUCACACAGAAUAAAGAAAUCAAAUAUCAAAAGAAAAAAAAAAUUUUUUAGAUCAAUGCAUAGGACAACUACGCCUCGUCAGCUUCAUUCCCCACAUUACUUAAAUCCACACUCUCCAUAUAUUCCAUAAAAGGACCCCAAAUGUUUUGAAAUAGUGGUAGUUUUCCUUUUAUAAUGUAAGUUAUCUUCUCCAUAGGUAAAGUUGUGGAUAUUUCCUUAACCCAGUUGAUGAGUUUUGGUUUACUGGUACUCCUCCAUGAGAGUGCUAUGACUCUUUUUGCAAGCAGUAAACAUAAAUCCAGGGCAGUGAUUAUUUUUCUUGAUAUGUGAUGUCUAUCAGGAUAUAAACCUAGAAUAAAUAGUUUAGGGUCAAGAACUAAUUUUAUUUCUAGUAUAGUCUCUAAAUUUUGUUUAAUCUCCCGCCAAAACUGUUGGACUUUACUGCAUUCCCAGACACAGUGGAAGAACGUCCCCUUCUCCUCUCCACACCUGAUACACAGGUCUGGGAUAGUGCUGAGCUUGUAUUUGAUACAAACUGUAAAUACUAGUCUUUAGCAGUUCCCUCUGAAAGUGCCCAACAUGAACACUGUCCAUUGUAUGAUUUAAAGCUAAACAACUGUUCUUGUUGGUAGUAUGGCGGGAACUCUGUGAGAGUUGAAAGAUAGAAAAAAUACUAUAAACAAUUAGAGUUUUGUCCCAGAAAAAAAUUAUAUAUUAAUAUACACUAUUUUCAUAUGAAUGUGUUUGUUUUCCAGGCACAAGAGGGACAGGGCGAGUAACUGAGUGUGGAACAAGACUCCUCUGCUGUUUGAAGAGCAGUGGAUAUAAAUGUGCAUGACAAUCAUGUCUGAGAGCAAGUCAUAGAUAUGUAGUAGUUUAUAGUUGACCAUACCAUAUUGAUAUCACAGCAUGUUAACUCAUAGUAGUAAAUCUUACCAAAAUAAAUUAAGCAAUCAUCUAUCAAAUAAGUGAAUACUGUUAUUCAUAUUUAAUUGAUAUUUAUUAAUCCAGUAGUAAUGUAAAGGACAUUUGAAAUUUGUGUUUUUGACAUUUUCAAUGACAUUAAAUGCCCUUAAACACCUGUGAGAUGAAUAGUAGAGUAAUAAUUUGAUUUCUAAUUAGAGGAUUUUCCCAAUCUAAGGCUUAAAUUUCCAAAUUUCUGUUGUAACUUUCACUGUCAUAGUUUAGUUGUUGGCCUGUUUCUGUUGUCUGUUGUUUUUAGUUGCACAGUUGUGAUAAGUAUUUGUAAAAUUAAAGUAAAAUUUUGUUUGUUUGCUCAUAUUUCGGUCUCUACCUGGGUUAAGCAGUGCCCUGCUGUCUGCUACAAAAACAAUACAAAUACAAAAAAAAAAAAGGAUAAUAAUGAGAAUAAUGGUCAUAUAUCUUUAGAACAAUAAAAUAAAUAAAAUAGUUGGAUUUUCUUUUAUAUUUUGUUGUAAUUAAGGCAACAUACAUCCACUAAAACAAAAUGAAAGAAUGCAAUAAAUUCCAGGUGUUA